AUGUCCCCUAAUCAGCCUAAUUUAUCGGUAACGGGCGCCAUUGCCCUUGUACUUGUAGCCGCCGACUCCAUCCCAGCCAUCAAAAGUAUCUCCGAUCGAUUCCUCCGCACUUCCAUCCCGGAUGAUUCAAGUCUAGCUAAAUUGACUUAUCGUGACAAUGAUGGCGAGGCUACACCAGAGUCUCUUCGCGCUUUCUCCGAUACAUGGCAGCGAGUCGCUAUUGCGCUGUUCUCUAUCAGUGGAUUGCUGACGUCGUUGACGUUGGCUGUUCUCACAACCAUCCAAUUCAUCCCAAGUAACCCGCUAUUUAGCUGGCUUCAAUUUGCAAUCUGGAUUUCUCUUUCUAUUCAAUCUGUUGCCUUCUUCACGGAACCGAGGCCAACAAGUCGCUUCAGGCUCGGCCAAAUAGCUUUUGUUGGAAGUGUCGUUACUGUCACAUCGAUAGCCGUUGAAGCACAGCAGACUUGGUCAUUGCAGAACAGUUUAUUCCAAGAAAAGUACUGGCUAGGCUUGGUUUUUGCAACCUUCGCCAGUGGAAUUCUACGUGCCCUAUUCACCGUCCUUCUCCCCCGUCGACCAAAUGUGUACUGUAAUGGCCAAAUAGUCGAUCAAGAGCAGACUGUGACAGCUUUCGGUCGCUACACCUUCUCCUGGGCGAGUACUCUCCUCAACUUUACCGUCAAAAACAGGAACCUGGAGCUUAAAGACUUACCCAAGCUUCGAAGGGAAAAGCGAGUGGAGCGUCUACGCAGCAAGUUCGAACAGGCUCGUAAGGGCGGAUCACGGAAAGUAUGGAAAGCCCUCAUCGUUGCGCAUUGGCAAUCUAUCCUCCUUCAGUUAACUCUGUGCCUCAUCACUGGAACUUUGAGUUUCAGUCCGCAGUUGGCUCUGUACAACAUUUUGGGCUCCUUGGAAGAUCGGGGUACGGAUUCAUGGAGCCCACUAAGAUCCUGGAUCUGGGUCCUCGCCCUGGGUGGCUUGAUGUUGCUGCAAUCUAGUAUUGAUGCAUGGCUGUUUUGGGGUGUCAUAUCAAAACUUGGCGCCCCGAUCUAUCAAGAGCUCUGCGCGACUGUUUUUGCCAAGUCAAUGCGUCGCAAGGACGCUAAACAUGCAAAGAAGUCAAAUGGCAAGAAUGACCCCUCUACGUCGGCAAAGACUUUACUCGUAGAGGAGGAAGACGAGGAAGAAGAUGAGGAGGCUUCCAUCAAGAAAAGUCGCCAGAGUAUUGUCAAUCUGGCUGCCGUUGAUGCGCGUCGUAUCUCUGAUUUCACAUCAUACGCUUAUCUAAUUCCGUCAGCAACGAUGAAGAUCAUUAUUGGAUGCACCUUUUUGACUCAAAUUCUCGGAUGGCGCAGUGCGCUCUCAGGUCUGUCAAUCGCCGUGUUGAUCUUGCCCUUGAAUAUCUACGCAUCAAAGAAAUAUACCGGCGCCCAAGAUAAGCUGAUGAAGCUCAGAGACCAGAAAAUGGCCAUCAUCACCGAGGUGCUACAAGGAAUUCGUCAGAUCAAGUUCUCCGCUAUGGAGCAGCAGUGGCAGAACAGAAUAAGUCAGACUCGUGAGAGGGAACUUGGCGCCCUGAGACUUUCCUUCAUUUACGAUGUCGUCUUAAUAGCAAUCUGGAUUCUUGGUCCUGUUGGACUUUCAGCCGUUUCGUUGACUGUAUACGCUUGGAUUAACAGUGGACUCUCUGCAUCUGUUGCUUUCACAGCCAUGUCAGUCUUUAGUGGCCUGGAAUCGUCGCUCGCUAUCAUUCCCGAGAUCAUCGCCGAUGGCCUGGAGGCCAAAAUUAGUGCCGACCGCAUUGAUUUGUACAUGAAGUCCGCAGAGAAAGUAGUUAACACAGUUCCCUCUGAUAGCAUUGCGUUUGAGAAUGCUUCUGUGGCAUGGCCUGCCGAAAAGACGGAUGACGAUGAUGAUGAUGGAGACCGAUUCCAACUGCGUGACCUGACAUUGAAUUUCCCUGAAAAGGGUCUUACCGUCAUCUCUGGCCGAACGGGGUCCGGAAAGAGUCUACUUCUCGCGUCUAUAUUGGGCGAAUGUGACGUCCUUGGGGGAACCGUCAAGGUCCCUGUUCCAAUACCUGUGAAGGAACGGUUCGACGACCUGGCAACCAGCGAGAACUGGAUCGUUGACUCCGCUAUUGCAUAUGUUGCUCAGAUCCCGUGGAUCGAAAAUGCGACUAUUAAGAACAAUAUUCUCUUCGGACUUCCUUACAACAAAAGCCGCUAUCAAAAGGUUCUCUUCGCUUGUGCUCUGGAGAAAGAUUUGGAAAUGAUGCCGGAUGGCGAACUCACGGAUAUAGGAGCCAAUGGAGUUAAUCUCAGUGGUGGCCAGAGAUGGCGUGUAUCUUUUGCUCGUGCCCUAUACUCAAGGGCUGGGAUUCUCGUCCUAGAUGACAUCUUCAGCGCACUGGAUGCCCACACUGGACGCCAUGCCUUCGAGCAUGCACUAACUGGAGAACUAGGACAAGGCCGCACCAGAGUUCUGGUGACCCACCAUGUCGCCCUGUGCCUGCCUCAGACAGAUUACUCUGUUCUUCUGGAAAACGGCCGCGUCAAAUAUGCCGGUACCAUCGACGAACUUCGUAGUUCUAAUCAUCUGGAAGAUAUUCUUCGUCAAGAUCAAGAUACGGAGGAGGUAGACAAAAAUGCUGAGGAAACCCACGACACACUUGAUGCUGAAGAGACAAAUCUUAAAAGAGUCCUCUCCAAUGUUUCGCGUCGGCGUCCUAGCAAUGCACCAGAGCCGAACGAGUUAAAUGAACAAGCAAAUGGAGUACUCAAGGAUAAGCCUAAAAAGUUCAUCGAGGACGAAAAACGAGAGGUUGGCUCAAUAAAGUUCUCAGUUUACAAGUCUUAUCUGUCAAUGGGCGGUGGUAUUUUGUUCUGGAUGAUGACGGUCAUGGUGUAUAUCGCCUUUACUUCCCUUGUCAUCGGAAAAUCUUGGUGGAUUAACGUCUGGACUUCCUCUUCGUCGUCGAGAACUCGAGCCCAUCCUGAGCAAAUGCAGGCACUUCUACAACAUAGCAUGACAGUUAACCGCACAGAUUCAGACUCCGUCGACAACGACCUCAAGUUGUAUCUCGGCGUCUACAUUUCCAUGUCGGUUAUCGCGUGUUUCAUCGGAACCGCAAGAUUCUACUUCAUUCUGACUGCUAGUGUCCGCGCAUCAAGAAAUCUCUUCAACAAUCUCGUCUUCGCUGUACUGCGCGCUCCUCUGCGAUGGCUGGAUACUAUCCCCCUCGGCCGUAUUCUGAACAGAUUCACUGCUGACUUCAAUUCGAUCGACUCCCAUCUUGGAUACCAGAUUGGCUUCCUGAUUUCGGAAACCCUGAAUCUUCUCGGCAUAAUGUGGGCUGGCAUGAUGGUUUCCCCGGUGGUGCUCUUAUUCGGAGCGAUCGUCCUUGCAAUUUCCGUCAAGUUAGCAAUCAAGUACCUCGCAGGUGCACGAGAGAUCAAACGUCUAGAAAGUACUGCCAAGAGUCCUGUCUACGAGCAGUUUGGUUCAAGUUUGGCGGGUCUGAUCACCAUCCGUGCUUUUACCAAGAGCGACACAUUCAUCGAGCUUAUCUACAGCAAGAUCGAUGCUCAUGCCCAGGCCUGGUGGACCAUGUGGCUAUUCAACCGCUGGCUUGGAAUACGAAUGAAUGUGAUAGGAGCAUUCUUCUCAACCUUGACUGCAUUUGUGAUUGUUCUUCUCCCCGGUAUAUCGGCCUCGCUCGCUGGAUUUGCACUGAGCUUCGCUCUGCAAAGCAAUACUGCAAUAGCCAUGGCACUGCGCCAGUACGCUAACAUUGAGCUGAACAUGAAUGCCACCGAGCGUGUCAUUGAAUACUCCAACAUCGAACUAGAGAACCAAGGUGGUGCCGAUGCUCCUGCAGCCUGGCCCACAGAGGGCCGCUUAGAAGUCACUGAUCUAGUGGUGAGCUACGCACCAGAUCUACCUCCAGUCCUAAAGGGACUCAGCUUCACCGUCGAAAAGAACCAACGUGUCGGCGUAGUUGGCCGAACAGGUGCGGGCAAGUCAUCAUUAACGCUAGCACUCUUCCGGUUCCUCGAAGCUCGCGAGGGACAGAUCGUGAUCGACGGCCUAGACGUCUCCAAGAUCAAACUGCAUGACCUGCGUAGCCGGCUCGCAAUCAUCCCCCAGGACCCCGUCCUUUUCUCCGGAAGCGUGCGAUCAAACCUAGAUCCAUUCGACGAAUACAGCGAUUCAGAACUCUACGAUGCGCUCGCACGGGUGCAUCUCAUCGCCUCAGCUGGUGACGACGACGACACAACACUUACGUCUCAAAUUCUCCAGCAUGGCACUGGCGCCACGACGCCCGACACAGCAACAUCGAAAAACAACAACACAAAUGUCUUCUCGUCCCUAUCAGCACCAAUCUCAGAGGGCGGUCUCAAUCUCUCACAGGGCCAACGCCAGCUCCUCUGCCUCGCGCGUGCAAUCGUCGCUCAUCCUAAGAUCAUGGUACUAGACGAGGCAACAUCCGCCGUGGACAUGGAGACAGAUGCCUUGAUUCAGACUUCUAUCCGAGCCGAGUUCGGCCGCAAUUCUACAACAUUGCUCGUUAUUGCGCAUCGUCUAAGCACCAUUGCGGACUUUGAUCGCAUUCUCGUUCUGGAUGCCGGUAAGGCUGUUGAGUUUGGUGAACCUAAACAUCUGAUGGGUAUUGAGGAUGGCGUUUUCAAGAGCCUUGUUGAUAGCAGUGGUGAGAAGGAGGUUUUGGAAAAGAUGAUUUUCGGUUAA